UAGAAAUUAUCGAUAAAAAUUGACUGGAAAUUGUGUGUUUUACCAUCUGAAUAAGUUCACUCUGUUGGCUAACAGUGUGGUGCCCACUGGCCAUCACGACGAUGUGGUGCCCAUCACGAUGAUGUACUUAAGCGACACGGGUCUUAAUCGAUUCGGUUUAUAGAUUUAGUAGGUGGACACAAAGACUAGAGGGAACUUGAUAGGACGGGCGCCUACAUGUACCCUUCAACAGCCGUCGUUCAAUUUUGUAAAUCGAAAACAAAAAGUAUAGAUUUGGCAGCUUAAAUCACUCGCUGAUGGACGCUUCCACAAGACAGAAUCUUACAGGUUGUAAAGUAGUACAGAUAGUCAACAUUCUAUUUUGUGACUUAGAAUAUAGUUUGGUUUUGCGUGAUCCCAACGCAUAGCAGGCCUUUAUGAUGAAGAAAGUUACAGGGACUCCAGUUCAGAAUGUGGCCACAGUCAGGCCCCAGACUUCAAUCUCCAAUGUUGCCACAGUCAGGCCAUUUCAACAUUUGGAUCAGUCAAAGAAAAUUACGGUGCCAGGAAUAGGGACUGGGCGUUACACAGAAGGACUAAAUCUGCAUAUCUCUAUGGAUGGAUCAGUACAAUCAAUGGCUUCCUUAACACAACGCCAUCCCUCUGUAACAUCCCUUUUACCAAACCAAUUAGGUAGACUACAGAUACAACCAGGCAUAGUACAAGGACAAUCAGGUGCUAUCCUUUCACAAAUAGCACAAGUAGUUCAAUCAGGUGCUCUACAGAAUACCAUUAAUGUUGGACCACAAAUGGUACUACAACCCAGCACAGAUAAAGUUUUUAGUGUAGGACAAAUACCCCAAAACAAUUUGAAUUUACAACAGAAUGUAGUAGUACCAAAUUCUCAAAGCUUAUUACCAGGAAGUGGAACAGCAAUUCUGGCACCUACAGGUCAGCAAUAUGUCACACCAACAUUAGGGUUGAUACCCAUUCAACCGCAGGUCCAACAACUCACAAACUCAACUCAGAGCCAGGGGCCUCUUCAUCAAAAUCCUCCUUCUAAGCCUCAAACAUUCUUUAUUCCUUCAUCAGAAUUGCAAAAAUCAAAGGAGCAGCUAUACCCCAUACUCGAUAUUCUUCAAACGUCAGGGGCAACAAUAGGGGCCAAUCAGACCUCAUUAAAUGUCCAAAAGAUGGAUAUCGAUGGCAACGUGCAGCAUAUGGGACAUAUAGUGAAAUCUAGCAAAACAUUGCCUAUAGUCGCAGGAAGUGAAGCUGAAACUGUGGUUCAACCAGUUCAUAAUACACAGGGAAAUCUUAACUCUGUUGUUAAAAGUCCAAACCUAACAUCUUUACUCAGUAAAAUUGAUGAUUCAUCAGUGAAAGAUGGCACUUCUGGGUUUGACCUCUACCAAUGUGUGACCCUUAGAUUCUUCAAUAAGACGGAGUCUUACCUUGUCCCAGUACAGGAGAAUCAACGAACAAUUCAAAUGGUCAUAAACGGGAAAAGUCAGUUCGUGGAAUUAGACAAAAGUAAGUUUGUAAGGAUUGGUAUGAAUGGAAGUAACUCUAAACUUCCACCAGGGAUUAUACACAUUGGGUCUAACAUUAAAGACUCUCCCACAGAAUCUGCGAAUAGCAUUAAUACACCAAAGCUUGAUAUAGCAAAGCCACAAACAAUUAGGCCUUUAUUAAAACCUGCUCCAGUCCUUCCUCCUGAGAAGAGUCUGGCAACAGCUAAGGCUGCUGUACCUGUAUUAAAGAAUGUUACGUUUUCAUCUAAAAAGCCUCCAAUCAAAUCAGGAAAGUGGUGUCCGGUUGAACACUCGAAAUCUGGUAAAACGACUUUGUUGUUCAUUCCUGACAAAAAUCAAUCAAAGGUCAAACCUCCAACAUCGAAGGACCUCAGAAUCGGAUCUAAACCUGGAAAACCUUCUACAUCUGAUCAUAAUAGUGACAGCAAUGAUUUUGGACUGAAAAUUACAAAUGUAUGUAGCCUCAACAAAGACACAGGGGGAAAUGUCCCAGCAGCCCCCACCCCUUCCCAUGAUGCAACUACAGGAGAAAUUAAAACUGAGAAUAAUGAGGUCCUCGCUGAGAUCACUGUUGACGCCAUUGAAAGUGUGGUGGAUCACAUGAAUGAAAAUGAAAAACUUGAAAGAAGAGAUUCUGAUACGGACUCUAACACUGAAGCUCUUGGGGAGGCUGACAUAAGUGAUUCUUCUGAUAACCUGGUCACAACUUCUCUAAAUGGACCUGAGUUUGCAAGGGACAUAUUGGAACACAUAGGAUCUGGAGAUAUCAUGCUUGAAUAUGCUGAUCAGGGUCCAAUGAAUGCUCAGUUGGUGGAGUCCCCUUCUUGUGGUUCAGUUGGAAAGAAACAGAAACCCUCAAAGACCACCAAGCGUAAGUUGACUCCAACAUCCAACGCAUCUAAGGCAAAGAAGAAGAAAAGAAUCGGAGGAGUUCCUGAACUUGAUGCUGAUCCUACCUACAUCCCUGAGCAUGAUGUAUCUCUGGAAACCAGCCACAACUCAGGCUCUGGAAGAAGUACACGAGAGAGACUCACAAGUACCAGCUCAACUGAUUAUAUCAAUCUUGAUGAUGUCAAAGAUGAACCAGUAGAUAUACUAGACUUUGGUACACCAUCAUAUCAACAGACCAAUAGAAUCCCCACUAGAGGAGUAAUCCAGCAGCACCAACAGGAAGAGGUUUACACUGGAACUGAAAUCAAAGAUAUUCGAAUCAAGCUUGAGAAAAUUGAUAAUGUCAUUGGGAAGCAACAAACAAUUUAUCUACCAAAUUAUCCUCAAUUCAAAAAGAAAAGAAAAAAGAGGACUUUGAAACCUAAGCACAGAUAUAAGGUGUUGCUACCAAAGCCAGGAGGAUCUCCUGGGCCUACAUCACCCAGAAACCCCGUAGUCAACGUACUUAAUUCCAGUCAAGGUCCAUUGAAAACAGGAACAAAUCUUUUACAAAGUGGAUGCGUCCUAUAUAAGCUUCCAGACGAAACAGCAGUCUUGCUCCCACUGGGAGAGAUGGGCAGAUUAAAUCAUGAUAAACAAGUUAAUGCGAGGCAUCUUAGUAAAACAGCUCUACAGCAGAUUUGUAGGACGAUUCCUCAAGUGGGUACCUCGUACACAAAUCAACCAUCAAGGAAAGACAGUAGUAAUACAGCAAAUGAUGGCGCGAUGCUGUUGAAACCAUCAUUUAUGGUAGUGCCUCCAUCUCAGAAUCUACCAGGUGGACGCUUACAAGCUACGAUAACUGCGCCCACUUUGAGGUUCAAACUCCCAUCAGCAUUACCAAAACAGAACCAGAGUACCUUACAAGCUGCUCGGAGUAUCCUAAAAUCAUGUUUGAAUCAGCAGACAAGUUCAGCUUCCAGUACCUCAACACAAAACACCACAACACAAAACAAACCAACCAGUCAACCUACAUUAGGUACAGUUGCACUUACAGCUCUUAAUAAUGUCAGGAAAGUGAAUGCUAUGCACACUGGCACUAAUCCUGUUAAACCUGGCCAAGCAGGUGUAUUUUUACCUCCCAAUAAGCUGAUGCUCCCUACUCAUAUGAUUCCUUUUACAAGGACUAAACAAGGUGUGGUUCAACUGCUACAUAAGGCAGAUGAAGGUCAGAAUGACCCAAAUGUCUCUAAUGAGCAGGAGGGAAACAAGGACAACAAUGAAUCAGUGCAACCAUCGUCACAAUCACAACCAUCGUCACAAUCACAACCAUCGUCACAACCUCAGCCUUCAUUGAUUGUGCAGUCGCAAUCAACAGGAACAGCUCCAUCUGUUCUUAAAACACAGUUAUCAACACCUCCAUCCAGUGAUGUCAGUAAUGCCAUAAUUAACCUGGACAAAGUUCUACAUGCAAGUCAAGCACUAGAAAUAACACCACGCCAGGGAAAUGAAACUCCGGUAGCAGAGACAUCUAUAAAUAACAAUUCAAGCUCAGUAGAGAAGCUGGAUUCGACUACGACUGACGAGACAUCUAUAAAACAAAAGGAAAGUCCAACCAUCCAAAAACCCGAAAUGGGAUUUAGACAGAAGGACACAGUCCAGUGUGAAAGGGUGCAAAGGCUGAAAGAGAUGUUGAAAGAGAAAGAAGAAGCUUUAAUAAGAAUGAGACAGUUAAGGCUUGAAAGAGAGAAAAAAGCAAAAGAGGAAAGUGACAGUGAUGAUUAGUCAAAAGGUUGUAUCCAAGUUAUACCUGUAGCCAGAUUUUGCACGAGGGAUCACUUUUUGAAAAAUUCCAGGUUGGUUCACAUUUGACCAUUUU